UACCGAGGAACCCGUUGCAAUCUGUAAUCAAACGAUAACGCAGUUGCACUGUUACUUAUUAAUAUAGAGUUUUCUGGAUUCGGUACGCAUAUUAUUACCCGUUCAGCCGUAGCCAGCAAAUUACUUUCACUACUGAAAGUUUUCCUAAAGAUGGCGGCACACAAUACGAUUAUACCGGUGGAGUCUAUGGAUAAGCUGGGCAGCCCUACCGGCGUCGGCAGUCAAGCGGAAGUUUUUAGAGCAAUUCGGAUAGACACCCAGGAAAUCAUUGCACUGCGGAUACCCUUCUUAGAACGUGAUGCGGAUACUAGACAACGACAAAUCCAAGAGCUGGCACAGCGUCUCGAACCUUUUCUUCACCUCAGCCAUCCGAAUCUUGUCCGCCAUCUCCAUUAUCAAACUGUGAUACCAGACGAAGCAGCUCAACGAAUGCGCGGCGGUUUGCCUGAUUUGCCCGAAUACCAAAUGCUCAUGGAAUUCUGUACAGGUGGCACUCUCCGGAAAUACAUCGAAACCAACUGUUUAACCAUAGCCUUGCUGCAAAAUUUGGUCCAGCAGUUAGUCAGCGGUUUAUCGUAUCUCUGUCAACAAGGUUUUGCCCAUCGUGACAUCAAGACCGAAAACAUUUUCAUGUCCCAACCCAAUGCCGAAAAUUGCUUGUUAAAAAUUGGUGAUAUUGGUGAUGUCAAGCGCAUCGUUGGCGAAUUCACGCACCGUGACGAACUCUCCUCUGGAAAGGGCACGUACGAGUUUAUGUCACCCGAGAUGAUCAUCGGCGACGCGUCGCCUUUACAUGUCGCAGCAAACGACGCACGAGAAGAUAGUGGCUUGAUUGUGGGACGGCGCAGCGAUGUCUGGAGUCUUGGCUGCGUUGUUAUUCACAUGAUCACCGGUCGGUUACCGCGAUUCUAUAAAAUUUUACCGAAUGGCGAUCGCAUGCGGUUGAAAAUACCUAUGGCCAUAAUGUAUUUCGUGGGUAGUUCAGAAGGAUCUCCAACGAUUCCCAGGGAAUUGCCAAAGGAGCUUCACAAUUUUAUCGAGAAGUGCCUUACGCGGCAGGUUAAAAAUCGACCAUAUGCUACAGCUUUACAAGGGCAUCCGUUUUUAACGACAGUAAAUGUUUCGGAAUGGAGACUUCCGGCAAGAGAAACGGAUCCAUAAGACGGAGCCCAUCGCAGUUGUACACACACGAUGCCCCAAGCUGUGUAUCUAGAUCUAAAAGUAUGUUUUGUGACUCUACGGCAGCUUUGAUUUCUAAAAAAUUCUGAUACCUCCAAAUUGCAUCCCACGCGCACAUACUUUAAUUUCAAGUUUUGGUGCUUCGAUACUUCCGUUUUCGCAUGCCGUACAUCACCAAAAACAAUUGCCUUGUAUUAAAACAUUACAUAAAUUUGCACUGUUGGUACAAAUUCUUCACCUUUAAAACCUUUAGAACUCUUAAAAACUCACAACUCUCAAAACUCUUAAACUACAUUUGCACGCUUGUAUUGUACACUUUAAAGUUUUUUGUUGCUUUUUUGUAAUACAGUACAGCCCUGGGCAGCCAGGUUGGGGCAGUUGUGUUAAUCAAAUUAUAAAAUAUUUUGUUAGCCGUUUUUGUUUAACAUAUAAUUAUUGCACUUUUUUAUAAAAAAAUUUUUCUAAAUUUUUUUUUAAUUUUUUGUUGCUUUUUUGUAAUACAGUACGUAAUUUACCGCUUUAAUUUCUGUCUUUAUACAGAUUUUUUGUUCAAGUAAUACACUUCUAUCUGAACAUCGAAUGCGAAGCGGCUUGUUUGAUUAAUUUUGUUAAACAAUUAUUCCGCGCUUCCUUGAUGCCACAAUACGGUGCUCGUCGAUAUAUAAAUCUUCCGGUGUAUUUCGUGCACGACUCGGUGCAAUGUUUCUUGAUAUGUUCUUCGAAUUUGUUUAUGUAAAUGCACUCGGAAAAAGCUGUACAAAAUAGUGAAAUAACGCAAGCGACAUGGAUGUAAAUAAGCUUGAAAUUAAGUACAGUUAUUCUUUUUUGACGAUAAAUAAAGCUGCCAGUAGACGUAAACGCUGCUACAUUAAGCGGGCUUUGCGUUAGCGACAGAAAAAUUUCAAAGAAAGCACGUCGGAUGCAGCAAGUUGCCCGAAAGGUCGUCACAAAGGAAGAAUAGGUAACAGAAAAAGACAAGAAGACCCAACAAUAAAUCCAGGGCUCAGAAUCGCAUCAUAAACCCUGGAUUUCCAAGAUGGGAGAGUGAGAGGAAAGCAUAGUGAAAACGAAAGAAUGAAGAGCGUCUCUCUGGGAUCAGUGAAUAUGCAUCUGGUUUCAGUGCAUCCAAACGUAGGAGCAACGCGAACAGUCCAAAACCAAUAGUCACAACAGACCGAUGCGCAGAUUUCCUCAAAUAAGAACCGGAUUGUAAAGGACUCCACGCGUUAGAAAAACAAGAGCGUCGCAGAAAGAAGACCGAGGGACUGCUAAAUCCGUUGGACGACUGGUUCUUAAUUGCCGACGGCGAAUUCAAGGUUGUCGGCGUGCAUUUAUUGGUACUAUGACCAAGGUGAACACUAUUCACCUUGGUAUGACUUUGCAAAUUGCAGUAAUUAUAAUACAGAGUAAUGUAUGGAUUUCGUCGCAAAACCAGUGCUAGAUUAGUUUUUCUUACGCUUUAUUUGGCCAAAAUUCUAGUACAAG